AUGCAACAUGACGAUGUCAUCAAGACCGAAAUCAUUUCUUCGCCUUGUUUAUUGAAUCUUUCUUCCGUCUUCUUUUCUUUCCAUUUUCGCAUAGCUCCCUGCACCUCUGACAGACCCAGUCUCGUUUGUCGUUUACCAUUUCGUUCCUCCUUUUUACCGAACUCCUUUCUUUCUUUCUGUUGUUUACCUGGCCUUUUUCCCCCGCUAAAUCCUAUUUGUUUUUACUUUUUUCCCCCUUUAUUUCUCUCUUCUACUGUUAAAUCGUCCCUUUUUCCAAUUAAUGCCGCACUCCGUUCAUAUCCGUCUAUCUCUCUAUCUCAGUCUGUAUCUCUCUCUCUCUCUCUCUCUCUCUCUCUCUCUCUCUCUAUCUAUCUAUCUAUCUAUCUGCCUGAAUCUGUCCAUUGCUAUCUAUCUAUCUAUCUAUCUAUCUAUCUGAAUCUGUUCCUUCCUAUCUAUCUGAAUCUAUUUAUUCCUAUCUAUCUAUCUAUCUAUCUAUCUAUCUAUCUAUCUAUUGUGUCUUUUAUGCUUACUUUUUUACUCUGUCUGUUUCUUUCUCUUUAUCUAUCUAUCUAUUUUAAUCCUUUCAUAUCUCUCUGCCUUUCUCCCUAUCAGGCUAUGUCUGUUAUUUUCUUUCUCUUUUCAUUUCUUCUUUCUUUAUUAAUCUCUAUUUACAUGGAUAGCUGUAUUAAUUCAUUUCUUUCUUUUGUAAUCUAUCUAUCUAUCUAUUAUAGUCUGUUCAUAUCUAUCUAUUUAUUUAUCGCUAUCUCUUCAUAUCUAUCUAUCUAG